GCAGCCAUGGCGUCGCCCUUCAGCGGGGCGCUGCAGCUGACAGACCUGGAUGACUUCAUCGGGCCGUCUCAGGACUGCAUCAAGCCCAUGAAGGUGGAUAAGAGGCCAGGAAGUGGCGUGGCCAAGAUCCACAUCGAAGAUGAUGGGAGUUACUUCCAGGUCAGUCAGGAUGGAGGGACUCAGAAGCUGGAGAAGGCCAAGAUCUCACUGGAUGACUGCCUGGCAUGCAGUGGCUGUGUCACCUCAGCGGAGACUGUGCUCAUCACUCAGCAAAGCCAUGAGGAGCUGCGGAAAGUUCUAGAUGCCAAUAAGACGGCGGCCCCCGGUCAGCAGAGACUGGUUGUGGUUUCUGUCUCACCCCAAUCCAGAGCGUCGCUGGCCGCAAGAUUUCAGCUGACCCCUACAGACACUGCCAAGAAGCUGACUGCAUUCUUUAAGAAACUCGGGGUGCACUACGUGUUCGAUACCGCCUUCUCAAGGAACUUCAGUCUCCUUGAGAGCCAGCGAGAAUUUGUGCAGCGGUUCCGAGGACAGGCCAACUCCACACAGGCCUUGCCUGUGCUCACAUCCGCCUGCCCAGGCUGGAUCUGCUAUGCUGAGAAGAUGCACGGGAGCUUCCUCAUCCCUUACCUCAGCACUGCCCGGUCCCCACAGCAGGUCAUGGGCUCCCUGGUCAAGGACUUCUUUGCCCAGCAGCAGCAUUUGACCCCCGACAGGAUCUACCAUGUGACAGUGAUGCCCUGCUAUGACAAAAAGCUAGAAGCUUCCAGACCAGACUUCUUCAGCCAGGAGCACCAGACUCGUGACGUGGAUUGUGUUGUCACCACAGGGGAAGUCUUCAAGUUGCUGGAGGAAGAAGGGGUCUCCCUCUCGCAACUGGAGCCAGCUCCCCUGGACAGUCUGUGCAGCAGCGCGUCUGCCCAAGAGCCCACCAGCCAUCGGGGCGGGGGUUCUGGGGGCUACCUGGAGCACGUGUUUCAGCAUGCAGCCCGGGAGCUCUUUGGAAUCCAUGUGGAUGAGGUCACCUACAGACCCCUGAGGAACAAGGACUUCCAAGAAGUGACCCUGGAGAAGGAGGGCCGCGUCCUGCUGCACUUUGCCGCAGCCUACGGCUUCCGCAACAUCCAGAACCUGGUGCAGAAACUCAAGCGAGGGCGCUGCCCGUACCAUUACGUGGAGGUCAUGGCCUGCCCCUCAGGCUGUCUGAACGGCGGAGGCCAGCUCAAGGCCCCUGGCACGCCCAGCAAGGCGCUUCUCCAGCACGUGGAGAUACUGUACGGCAUGGUCAGGACCGAGGCGCCGGAGGAAGUGCCUGGCGUCCAGGAACUGUAUGGGUGCUGGCUGCAGGGCGAGGGCUCAGAGCGGGCUGGCCACCUGCUGCACACGAGCUACCACACAGUGGAGAAGGCCAGCUCCGGCCUCAGCAUCAGGUGGUAG